ACGGCGGGUCAGUCCGAGAACGCCGGCUCUGGCACGGCGGGUCAGCCCGCGAAUGGCACGGUGGGUCACCGUGCGAAUGGCACGGCGGAUGAGCCCGGGAACGCCAGCUCUGUCACGGCGGGUCAGCCUGCGAAUGGCACGGUGGGUCACCGUACGAAUGGCACGGCGGAUGAGCCCGGGAACGCCGUCUCUGUCACGGCGGGUCAGCCCGGGAACACCGGCCCUGGCACGGCGGGUGAGGCGGGGCAGUCCACAAAUGACCCCUCCAAAAAGCUGAUCUCUGGCCCUUCCUCUGGUAACAAGGAGCCCCCCCAACCUGAUUUAAACACGGUAGCUGAAGGAGAGACCUCACAUGCUUCCAAAACUGAACCUGGGGAUGGAGUGUUACUGGACCCUCACUCCACUUAUCUCCAGCAGGAGGGAGUAGGUAAGCCUCCCGAGCCUGCUGAAGAUAUGGAGCCCAAGGAGGCUGAGGAAGGUGAUACGGAGCCUGAAGAAGAUUCGCCACUCAAAGAAGAGAAAGAAAUGCCUGGCCUUGCCUCCAGUGAGAACGGUGAAGGGAUGCUUUUGGAUUCCAUGAGUAGGGAGAAGGAUGACCUUUCUAAGAACAGUCUUGGCAGUGCCAGUGCAGAGAGCAGCCACUUCUUUGCGUAUCUGGUGACUGCAGCCAUUCUUGUUGCUGUGCUCUAUGUUGCCUAUCACAACAAGCGGAAGAUUAUUGCUUUUGUCCUAGAAGGAAAAAGAUCCAAAGUCACUCGCCGGCCAAAGGCCAGUGACUACCAGCGUUUGGACCAGAAGAUUUGAUUUUUCUGUUCUUGAGAACCUGUCCUCCCUGCUGAUUUGUGUCUAAAUCAAGAGAAAUGAAGAGGAAAGUACUGUGAGCUAAGGGACACCUCCUCCUCUAGGCUCUGGUGACGAGUCCGGGCUGGCAGAGGCAGGGGGUUUGCUUUGGGUUUUGCACCUGCACUUUGGUGAGCUUGUACUCCUGUGUUCCUUUUAUUUAUGCUGGUGUCUUCCAUGCUUUCCCCCCAUGAAUGUGAGUAGAGGGAGCGUGUGGGAACCCAGCUAUGACCAAAGGGAGAUCCCAGCCCUGGGCAGGCUAUUGCUGCUGACCGCCCUCCCUUGGGCCUUGGCUCUGUAGUAAAGUUACCCCUUGAAAAUAGCCUUGCACUCGCCACGAUUUAUGUUCACAGACCCACGAGAAAACUUUGCAGGUUGAGGUGCUUUUCUACCAAGCCCUCUUACUUUGGGGGGAUGUGCCCUACAAAAGAUGGAGAAGAUGGUGACUGCUGAACGGCAGAGGGCUAGUUUGAACCCAGAAUCCUCUUCAAAGGCUGCAGCAGCAAACCAAAACAGCAGCUUAAAAAAAGUGCUUUAUUGCCUGCAAGUCCAACCUGUCUAGUAUGAGUUCUUCAUGUUUUUCUGAUAUUUUCAUAUUACUUAAGACAAAGUGAAUCAACUUCCAUUUGGUUGACCUGAGCAUACAGCUGAACUUGGGAAUUGGGGGAGUAAAGCUGUAAAGCCACUGAUCCUGUUGCAGAUUUUUAAAAAUAUAGUUACAAUCAGUGAAACACUGUGUUCUUCCUUACUCACAAUUGUAAUAGGAACUCUUUGAAGUAGGGUAAGUUCAUGCUUCGUGCAAGAAAACAUCUAGGAGGAUUUUGGUUUGGGUCUGCAUUUUUUUCAAAGGGCUUUUAUGAAACAAGUUUCCUAUAAACUCUGUUUUGCCUUUGUUGCCUAAAAUAGACUAAAUAGACAUAUUUAGAAACUAACUGUACCCUGUUUUACCUUAAUCUAGUUAAUGGUCCUCUCAUCUGAUAUAAAAUGCCAAAAGUAAUUAGUAAAAAUUCGCCUUUCAUCCCACGUCAGGGAUUGUUAAAAUUUAAGAAAUUCAGAGAGUUGCCCUGGGGCAACAGAGGGUAGUGUCUUGGAUCAUGCUGUUUGAAAUUUUAUGUAAAUCUGUUCUAGUCAUGCUACCCUAUUAUAGAGGGCCUAAAGAGAGUUUCCUGCAACAAAAAAACUGAAAUCAAAUAGCUCAUCUCAGGGAAAUACAAAGAAUGUGGGAAGUGAGGGGAAUGUGAUGACCUCUGUGCUGCUGAAGAAGUAAGUCUGAAGAAGGGACUGUCCUGUUUGUCAUAUUAUUUUCCACUUUGCUUAAAACAGCCCAUGGCUUUGAAUUGAGAUUUUCAUUCUUUGUAGGUAAGCUAUGUUUGGAGAUAAGGAAUGAAUGAAUACUCUUCUUGGCCUCAUUCUUUCUACCUGUGUACCAGUCUUAGAAUACUUUCUUCCAACCUGAGGAAUCUUCUCUCAGGCUCUCAUAGCAUUCCCUAAGACGGGGGUGAUUUCACUCCCUUUUCUGUCUCCCUUUCCCUACCUUCCCCCUCCUCUCUAAUGUCUUCUAUUUGUGCCUGUCUGCACUAGCAUCUUUCCUUCUUCCUUCCUGCAUGCCCAGACUUCCCCUGCUCCUAUCCAUCCUAUUUGGUAUUCAUUCUGUGUUCAGCGUCUCCAGUAAGUGUCGCUUCCAUUACCUUGCUAUUCAUUUUCUUUAUAACCUGUACAAACUCACUUUGGUCCCUGUCUUUCUAUUGAUAGUGUUUUUCCAGAGGUUCAGAUCACUAGAUCCAUUGGCUUGUUCUCAGAGCUUAGUCUUGUCCUUGAUAGAAUUGGACACUAUUGACCAUCCAAAUUGAAAUUCCUCUCUUUUGAGUUCUCUGACAAACUGUUCUGGCUUCUAAGAACUCCUUUGCCUUAUCCUGUGCUGGUGGAGAGGGCCCUCAACUUAAUCUCCUCAGAAAUUCAUCCAUUCUUCAUCCUCUGAGGGAGUGACGCCUAAGUCUUUAACCUUGGCCUAGUUCCCAGAGAACCCAGUCCUGCCGUGUGCUGAAUAUCUCAGCUGGGUUGUCCUGUUGUCACUAAAACUGAAUUUCUCUCUUCUACCCGUUAAGCUGCCCCUUUCAGUUGCCCACUAUAAUCAUCUCAACUCCACACUGCAAACUUUCACCAUUUUUGUCUUGUCACAAACGUCCCAUCCAUUUUUUUAAUAUCUCCAGGUACAAUCUUUCCAUUUUCCUUGCUUCCCUGUACCCACCCACCCACCAUUUCACCUCUCUCCCAGAUUUUUUUUUCAGGAGCCACAUUAAUUGGUCCUCCUGUCCAUCUUCUCUUAUGUGCAUAAAGAGACCGGAUCGGUCUUUCCUAAAUAUGUGCCCUGAUCUGAAACUUCUGUCUGUACCCCUCAUGGCUUAGAGAACCAAGUUUCUAGGCUCUUAGUAUUCAGGACUCUGCAGAUUGGUCCUUUCCUGCCUGUUUGUUUCUACAUCUUAGCCAAGCCAAACGCUCCUCAUUGGGUGCCCAUCUAGUCCUCUGCGCCUCUGUUCUCGGUGCCUCCUCCAUUCCCUGGCUUCCUAUGGUUGCUCUCUGGUUAGGGUGCUCUCCCUUCUUUCUCUUGUCUUCCCAAAAAUCUGUUUCUUCAGGGCCCUGCUCAAGUUUUCCCAUGUACCUCCCUAACUUCCCCACCAUACAUGAUUGGCUCUUUCCAUUCUACUCUAAUAGCUCUUAAUAAUGCCAAUCACAAGUUUUGGAACUUCAGCAAAACCAAGCAGUCAGGAUCUGACGUCUCUGGCCUCCCCAAGAAACCUACUUGUGGGAGCGCCCUUGGCACCAUCUCCUUAUCUGCAUAGCAGAGUGACGUCCCUACGUACCUCAGGAGUCAAUUUUUUCUUGCAAAGGAGACAUUUUCUUCAGGACAUCUGGAUGUGACUUAACUGAGGUCUCACAUGGCUCUUUGUGGCGUGUGUUUGCUGUCCCUUAUUGAUGGAUUUUGGUUGUAAAGAGAGCAGAAAGGUUGGUUUCAGGAACCAAGAGGGUUGGCACCAAGUGGACACAUAAGUAUUGUGGAGACCACACAGCUCCACUCUCUGAGCCUCUGAGAAGUAUCAUUUCCUGUGGUGAAAGAAUACAACAGAAUUUGUUUCGCUUUAGAAAUUGCACUGAAGGAAAUCUCACACCAAAGGAAAACUUGUUUUCUGGGUAGUUGCCUUUUUGAAAAUAGAUUAUUAGAAGCUGGCUGAGGCAUCGCUUAAGCUGGGGGUGGGGCGCGGGCAAAGCAGCACAGGGAGCCAGGAGAGGCAUCCCUAUCCAGACGGCUGUGUGCUUCCUUUCCUGCCACUGGCUGUUGGUUGAAGGGUGAUUUCUGUUAGGAGUCUGUGCUUCAGUCACGGCAGGUAGUAGAAGGGCUUGUUCUCCUGCUACAGGUUACUGAGUAGAAUUAUUUCAAAAGUCUGGUGGAGUGGGGGCCAGUCUAUCUGGAAAGGCUAAGAACAACUCAGAAAGGCCUGACAACUAGCUAUAUAUACUCUGGCAUUUCUUUUCCCAUGAUGGCUUUUAAUGAAAUAUUUGGUGAUCGAAUCCUAAACCUCUAAAAUUCCCCUGAUAGUGAUUCUCAUUUUCUUCUCCAUUUCAUGUCAUUUAAAUCAAAAAAGGAAGCCUGCCCCUUACUUUUACAGGGUAACUUGAUACAUAAUGCUGCACGUGUGAUGAAAGCUAGCACGCUUUGCACAUGUUCUGAAUCAUUGGAACAGGGAGGAGAGUCUGCUCUACACCAGACCCUGCAGUUCUGCCAGCUGUUUUCUGAAAACUGUUGCUGGGAACGUUGCGUUUGGUCUUGCCCUGCUUACGUAAGAAUCCUGGGAAGAGAUUUUCAGGUUUAAUUUAACGGUAGAUCCAGAGCCAAGCCUGAAUCCCACCUCAGCUAGUUCCACAAGUCGCAUGUGAAUUUCCUAAAUGUCCCAACUUAGAAACUCCUCUGUAAAGCUGCGGGGGCUGUGUAGUGUCCCACACUGUUAGCAAAGCCAGCCUCCUCACACUCUUGGAAGAUAUUCCCUUAAUUCAGAAGUCUGUUGUGUUAAAUAAAUGAUUGAUUGUUGAAA